AUGGCCAACCUGGAGCAGUGGGUUAAUGACAGGCUGCAUGACAUCCUGGGCCUGAGCGACCGAUAUGUGGCGCAGUUCAUGAUCGGCACUGCCCGCAAGGCGAGUAGCUCCCAAGACUUUGUUGCCCGGCUUCAGCAGACGGGCACCAUCGACAUCGACCAAAGCGUCACCGCCUUUGCCCAUGAGCUGUUUGAGAAGAUUCCUCGGAAGCAGGUCGUGGAGAAAGCCUCCCGGAUGAUUGAACGCCAGGCCAUUGAAAUGGACAGGAAGAAUCGCACAUAUACUUUACUGGAGGACAGCGACAGUGCCGAGGACUGUGUUGCAGAGAAGCGGGGGAAUAAAAAGAAGAGCAAAGACAAGGACAGAGGGAGCAAGAGGAAGAACAUCCGUCAGAAGAAGGAGAGCGAGUCGUCCAGUGAGGAGGAAGUGCCUUCUGAAUUUAAAAAAAAAAAAAAUUCCGACGCUGGAACUGUCAAGAAAGAGGAUGAGGAAGAAGAGGAGUGGGAAAAGGAGGAGCGAGAGCGAUUGCACGAUAUUGAGGAACGAGAUGCUUUUGCUGAGCGAGUCAAACAGAGGGACAAAGACAAGACGAGAAAUAUCGCAGAAAGGACCGAUAAAAAGGCUUACGAGGAGGCGCAGAAACGACUCAAGUUGGCUGAAGAUGAUAAGAGGAACAUGUUGCCCGAGCUGAGAAAGCAGUCUCGCCGCGAAUACCUGAAGAAGCGCGAGGAGGAGAAACUGGAAGACCUUGAGGCAGAGAUCAUCGAUGAGGAGUACCUGUUUGCCUCUGAUGACAUGACGGCGCGUGAGAAGAGGGAGCUGGAGUACAAGCGCACGCUGCGAGACCUUGCCAAAGACUACAAGAAGGCCGGAGCAAAGGAGCAAGAGGAGCGGAAGAACCGAUACUAUAUGCCGGAGGAGAUCAGGAGGAAGGUGCCUCAAAAGGAUUUGGAGUUAGAGGAGGAGGCGCCCAUGGAGCUAGGUGGUGAGCAGGGCCGCUGGGAGGAGGAGCGGCUGAAGACGGCCUCGCUCAGCUUUGGUGCCAAGAAAGAGCGUGAGCAGGGCAUGAAGCGCCAACAGGAGAAGUACCAGCUCAUCCUGGAAGAGGACGAGAUGAUCGAGUUUGUCAGCACAGCCAUCACUAUGAAGGGGACAAUGACCGAAAUGGACGACACUCCGACGUUGUCCCAAUCGGAGCUGAAGAAGCAGUCCAUUCAGGAGGUCAGACGAAGCCUUCCCAUCUACCCCUACCGAGAUGACCUGCUGGCCGCUAUCCAUGAGCAUCAAGUGCUUGUUAUUGAGGGAGAAACGGGCUCGGGCAAGACUACGCAGAUACCGCAGUACCUUGUGGAGGACGGUUUCACUAAGGGAGGAAUGAAGAUAGGAUGCACACAACCUCGCAGAGUGGCAGCCAUGUCAGUGGCGGCCCGGGUGGCAGAGGAAAUGAGCGUUAAGCUUGGUAACGAGGUGGGCUACAGUAUCCGUUUUGAGGACUGCACGUCUGAGAGGACGGUUGUCAAAUACAUGACAGAUGGCAUGCUGCUUCGAGAGUUUCUCACUGAGCCUGACCUCGCCAGCUACAGUGUGAUCAUUGUUGAUGAGGCUCACGAGCGAACCCUUCACACGGACAUCCUGUUCGGCUUGAUCAAAGACAUCGCCAGGUUCCGACCCGACCUGAAAGUUCUGGUGGCCAGCGCCACUCUAGACACAGAGCGUUUCUCCACCUUCUUUGACGACGCGCCCGUCUUCAGGAUUCCUGGUAGGAGGUACCCUGUAGACAUCUUCUACACUAAAGCUCCAGAGGCGGACUACAUGGAAGCAUGUGUAGUGUCUGUGCUGCAGAUCCAUGUCACACAGCCUCCAGGAGACAUUCUGGUCUUUCUCACCGGACAGGAAGAUAUUGAGACGUGCUGCGAGCAACUCCAGGACCGAUGUCGGCGACUGGGCUCCAAGAUCGCCGAGCUUCUCGUCCUGCCCAUUUACGCCAACCUGCCAUCGGACAUGCAGGCCAAGAUCUUCAGCCCCACGCCACCUGGCGCACGCAAGGUGGUAGUAGCAACCAACAUCGCAGAAACCUCGCUGACCAUCGACGGCAUCAUCUACGUCAUCGACCCGGGCUUCUGCAAGCAAAAGAAUUACAUCGCCCGAACGGGCAUGGAGUCGCUCAUCGUCAUGCCCUGCUCACGGGCGUCGGCCAAUCAAAGAGCGGGUCGUGCUGGCAGAGUGGCCGCCGGCAAAUGCUUCAGGCUAUACACGGCGUGGGCGUUCAAGCAUGAAAUGGAGGAGAUGACCGUGCCAGAGAUUCAGAGGACCAACCUGGGCAAUGUAGUUCUUCUACUCAAGAGUUUAGGUAUCAACGACCUCCUCCACUUUGACUUCAUGGAUCCGCCGCCGCACGAAACGCUGCUGAUGGCCCUGGAGCAGCUUUACGCGCUCGGAGCGCUCAAUCACCUGGGAGAACUCACCACGCUUGGUCGCAGGAUGGCCGAGCUCCCCGUGGACCCCAUGUUAAGCAAGAUGAUCCUCGCCUCUGAGCAGUACAAGUGUUCCGAGGAGGUCCUGUCCAUUGCCGCCAUGCUGUCCGUCAACAACUCCAUCUUCUACCGGCCCAAGGACAAGGCUGUGCACGCCGACAAUGCAAGGAUGAACUUUGUGGUACCCGGCGGAGAUCAUUUAGUGCUGCUCAACGUCUAUAAUCAAUGGGUGGAGAGCGGCUACUCCACCCAGUGGUGCUACGAGAACUUCAUCCAGUUCCGUUCCAUGCGGCGAGCGCGGGACGUGCGCGACCAGCUGGAGGGCCUGAUGGAGCGCAUCGAGGUGGAGAUGGUCAGCUCGCAGGGAGAUGCCAUGCCCAUUCGCAAGGCGGUGACAGCAGGCUACUUCUACCACACAGCGCGGCUAAGCAAAGGAGGCUACAGGACGGUGAAACACCAGCAGACGGUCUACAUCCACCCCAGCAGCUCGCUUUUUGAGGAGCAGCCUCGAUGGCUCAUCUACCACGAGCUGGUCAUGACUACUAAGGAGUUCAUGAGACAGGUGGUGGAGAUCGAGAGCGGCUGGCUUCUGGAAGUUGCUCCUCACUACUACAAGAGCAAGGAGGUGGAGGACAGCAACAGCAAGAAGAUGCCCCGUAAACAGGGCAAAGCCAAGGAGGAGCUUGGCUGA